ACGUGACCCUAUGGUCGAGCUGUCGCGACUCGCAAGUUCGAAUUUGACAAUUAGGUGUUUGAAUCUUGUGGCAAAUUUUGUCAAAUUAGAAGCCAUGGGGUCGUACAAAAUUGUGAUGGUGCGCCAUGGGGAGUCAGAAUGGAACGAAAAAAAUUUGUUUUGUGGUUGGUUCGACGCUAAUUUAAGUGAAAAAGGCAAACAGGAGGCUGUAAGUGCCGGAAAGGCUCUAAAAAAUGCCGGAUAUAAAUUCGACAUUGCUUACACCUCAGUUCUGACCCGGGCUCAGAAUACUCUUCAGGCAAUCUUAACAGAAAUCCAACAAACAGAUCUGCCAAUUGAGAAGACUUGGCGACUUAACGAACGCCACUAUGGGGGUUUGACUGGUUUAAAUAAGGCUGAAACUGCUGCCAAGUACGGGGAUGAACAGGUUGCCAUUUGGCGGCGUAGCUUCGACGUUCCGCCCCCACCCAUGGAGGCUGAUCAUCCCUAUCACGACAUCAUUGUAAAAGAUCCCCGCUACAAAGAUGGACCUUCCGCUGAUCAAUUCCCCAAGUUUGAGUCGCUCAAAUUGACGAUUGAACGCACUCUGCCAUUUUGGAAUGACACAAUAGUGCCACAAAUCAAAGCUGGCAAGCAGAUUUUGAUUGCCGCUCAUGGCAACAGUCUGCGCGGUAUUGUGAAGCACCUUGAUGAGUUGACUGAUGAUCAGAUCAUGAAGCUUAACCUGCCAACUGGGAUUCCGUUUGUGUACACCUUAGACGCAAAUUUGAAACCCACUGCUGACGGAAGUUUGCAAUUUUUGGGAGACCCUGAAACUGUGAAAAAGGCUAUGGAAGCAGUGGCGGCCCAAGGCAAAGCUAAAUAAGAAUAUUUGUAUUUAAAAAAUUAAAUUAUUGCAAAACUCCAUUAUUUAUGUAAUAAAUGGUAUGAGUGGUGACAUAUAAGUGUAGAUACGUUCAUUUUCAUGUCAACAUACAUGUAGUGGUUGUGUAUCUUCACUAGAAAUCAAUAAAAUCAUUUAUGCGGAA